AUGCGCAGGCGUGCAUUCUUGAGUUGGGAUUGGCGGGUGACGAGGAGGGACGGGGCGGGACUUCUCUCUCGGCGCACGCUCUGUAGGCGGAGGGGGCGGAGCUGCCGGUGUCAGUGGAUCCAAGUGUCCGAGCGUGAGGCGUCCUCCCAGUCCCUCCCCUUCCCGGCUCCUCCUCAAGCGGAAGACCAUUCAUCAAGGAUUUUGUAUUCAAGGUUCAAAAGUUUGUUACCCAAGAUGAUGAAUGCUGACAUGGAUGCAGUUGAUGCUGAAAAUCAGGUGGAACUGGAGGAAAAGACACGACUUAUUAAUCAAGUGUUGGAACUUCAACACACACUUGAAGAUCUCUCUGCAAGAGUUGAUGCAGUUAAGGAAGAAAAUUUGAAGCUAAAAUCAGAAAACCAAGUUCUUGGACAAUAUAUAGAAAACCUCAUGUCAGCUUCUAGUGUUUUUCAAACAACUGACACAAAAAGCAAAAGAAAGUAAGGGAUUGAUAUCCCUUUAUGGAAUUGCUGCUGAUCAUUUCUGUAAAACUUGGAUAGAUUCCAAAAGUUACAGUACUUUUGUUUGUGGAUUCAUUGAAUAUUUAUGAAGAUAAUGUCAGAUCUAGGCAAAAUUAACAGCAUUAACAGGAGACUUCCAUAAGUUUGUAUAUUAUAUUAGUCUAUGAAAAUGUGCAGAUGUACUGUAGGAACUUUAUAAUUAGAAUUGCAUAUAUUUAUGAAACUUGAAAAUGAACGUUUUAACGAAUUUGCUUUGAUUUAUAGGUUAGCACUGUCUUUUAUUAUAAGUUUAGUAAAAUAUACAAGAAAAUAAUCACCAUGUUGUGAAAAAGUGACCAAAAUCAGUAUUGAAUGCACAGCUUUAUGUACUCUGUCCACCAUUGUGUGC